CAAUCUAUAAGAAUCAACUUUGCAAGUGACAAGUGCGAACUGCGAACUGCGAAAGUGCAAUUAAUACCCAAUAAAAUGAUUUAUUCUCAAUAAUCCUUAAUAAUUAUAAAUUAUUACAAGCUAUUAAUUAAUGUUUUUAAAUUGUUGUAUUCUUUUAUUCGCAAACCUUUGAAAUGAAAUGUUAAUUUGAACGGCUUAACAAUUUUAUUAAAAUGUUUCAUUACCUAGUAUCAACAUAAUGUACUUAAUUUGUUUCGUGUGUCUGGCUAGUUACCUAAAAGGUAUUUUACCAAUAGUAUUGUCCAGUAAUGUAUUUACUCCAUACAGCUUAAGUCGUCUUGCUCGCAGUACGCAGAUACACAGUUUAAAAACUGUCCCUUCUAGUUUAGGACUUGCUAAUAAUGUACAAGUAAACAACAAAUCACAAAUUGUUUUGUUAACAGAAAAUUCCACAGAACUCAAUGACAGUUUUGCUUUAAAAGAACAAUAUGAACUUCAGAAUGAAACAGAUAUACUUGAAAGAUCAAAUGACACAUAUACAAAUAUCACAUCUUUACCUGAAAUAUCAAGUUAUAUGAAUUCUCAUUUUGUUUUAAUAUCGGGAGCAUCUCUUGCUGGCUGUGUGAUUCUUCUAUCAUUUGUGAUUUUAGGAUAUAUAAUGUACAAAAAAAGUAGAUGGAAUACUCCCCAAGCACUUGAUCAUUGUAGCAAUGCAGACUCUAUUGGUUAUUUAGAUGACAUGUUCAAAGAAAAUUCUGAUGAAAUGUAUAGUUUGGACAAUGAUUCAUUUCUAAAUAGCUUGGAAGCCAUGACAAUUCAAAACUACUGGACAGAAAAUGUCAAACAUACUAAAUUAUAAAUUUAGUUAAAAAUUAUCUUAAUAUGUAAUGAAGACAUGUUAAGUUAUUUAUUGGUUUGCUGCAUAUCACACUUCACAAUAUACAAUAUACAUACCAUAAAAUAAUUAUAUUCGAUGUAUUCCAAACCAAAUUAUAUCCAAGUUGACAUUGUUAUGGUUAUGGUCGUUCUUAAAAUGUAAAGGACAUAUUUUUUUAUAUUUAGUCUUUUCCCGAUACUUUAUUUUAGAAGUUUAAUAAUAUUAAUAUAUAUUAUAUUUUU